AUUCCACUCGUUCCUCUUGUCUCACUUAAUUCCGACUACAACAUGGGAAAAGCCGAUUCCACUUCAAACUCCAUAAUAGCAUAAACGGAUAAGUGGAACCGUGAUCGGAAACUGGUCAGUCGGUAUCUCGCGUUUCCGAACGGAAUCGUGAAAAGUUCCAUAAUAGGUACCCUGUAGACCUUUAAUAAAUAUGUAGAAAAAUAAAGGAGAAAGAAACAAAAAAAAUAAUGGGAACGUGGUGUUGUAUUCGCUAACAAAGACAAACAUUUAUUAAAGAAAGUGAAAGAAGAUUUCUUUCCUUUGAAGAACUGAGUCUAUAUAAAAGUUGAUUAUAUCAACAUGGAUGUACAAACAGUAAAUACACGACGUAAAAUAUUGAGUCAUGUGGUUUGCAGUAUUUUAGUAGAAUGCGGUUUUGAUGCGUGUGAAAAAGAAGUAGUGGAGACUUUUACAGAAAUGUUACAGUCAUUUAUUGUAGAGACUGGAGCAUCUGCAAGAAAUUACUGCGAACUGUCAGGACGAACUGAGCCUCUUAUAGCGGAUGUGAUAUUGGCGUUAAUUAAUAUGGGUGUAAAAUUAGAUAACUUGGAGACUUAUGCAAAGAGACAGAAUAGGACAGUUUUACCAGCACUUCAACAACAAACACAAUCAAAACAAUUAAAUAUCUUGCAAGCUGGUAUUAAGCAAAGCCAUCCAUCACAUAUACCAAAUUAUUUGCCAGCUUUCCCUGAUCCACAUGCAUACAUUAGGACACCAACACACAAGCAACCUGUAACAGAAUAUGAAGCAAUAAGGGAAAAGGCAGCAACACAGAAACGGGAUAUUGAAAGAGCUCUAACAAGGUUUAUAGCUAAGACAGGAGACACGCAUAGUUUAUUCCUCACAGAAGACAAUAGCAUGUUUCCCUUAAUAUCUUGUAAGUCACAAUUCCCCAAUUAUAUUUCGGCCCUUUUACCGCAAGACCAAAUAUUUGAACCAGAUACAGACUUUCAGUUUGAGUCAAGUCCAGUGAAGAAGAAGAAGGAGCAACAAACUGAAGAAACUGAAGAAGGUAAUCAAGGACAGAAUGAGAAUGAACAGAAUGGUGAGACUGCUACUCAGCAAGAUGUUAUAGAUAAUCCGUAUUUGAGGCCAGGAAAGAUUCCCAAGAAUAAAAUACCAGGAACAACAAUACCUGGACAAAAUUCUGUUAAAAGAGAGCCUCUUGAUUCUUAAGUACUGUGAUACAAUAAUAUUAAAUAAUAUAAUAUGAUAUAUUAUAUAUAGAUACUUUGUAAUCUAUUAAACAAAUUACAAUGACUAAGAAUAAUAACUCAAUCAGG